CCAAUCAGCUGAGAGCUGAGCUGGACUUGGCGGUAGCAGCCGGAGGAGCUCGGGCUCUUGCAGCUGGGUGCGGAUUGGUGAGUGUGUGCGGUUUCUUUUUAGACUAUGGCAACAUACUUGGAGUUCAUUCAACAGAAUGAAGAACGUGAUGGUGUGCGCUUUAGUUGGAAUGUGUGGCCUUCCAGCCGUCUUGAGGCUACCAGAAUGGUUGUUCCUCUGGCUUGUCUCCUUACACCUUUAAAAGAACGUCUAGACCUGCCUCCUGUACAGUAUGAACCUGUGCUGUGCAGCAGACCAACCUGCAAAGCCAUUCUCAAUCCACUUUGCCAAGUUGAUUAUCGAGCAAAACUUUGGGCCUGCAAUUUCUGCUUCCAAAGAAAUCAGUUUCCUCCUGCUUACACAGGCAUUUCUGAGACAAAUCAACCUGCAGAAUUAAUGCCUCAGUUUUCUACUAUUGAGUAUGUGAUACAGCGAGGUCCCCAGACCCCUUUGAUCUUCCUCUAUGUGGUUGACACAUGUCUCGAAGAAGAUGACCUUCAGGCACUCAAAGAAUCCCUCCAGAUGUCCCUGAGCCUGCUGCCUCCAGAUGCACUGGUGGGCCUGAUCACAUUUGGGAGGAUGGUGCAGGUCCAUGAGCUCAGUUGUGAAGGAAUCUCCAAAAGUUACGUCUUUCGUGGGACCAAGGAUUUAACUGCAAAGCAAACACAGGACAUGUUGGGCCUGACCAAAUCUGCCCUGCCCACGCAGCAAGCAAGACCAGCUCAGCCACAGGAGCAUCCUUCUGUUUCCAGCAGAUUUCUACAGCCCGUUCAUAAGAUUGACAUGACUCUCACUGACCUUCUUGGGGAGCUGCAGAGGGACCCAUGGCCUGUAACUCAAGGGAAGAGACCAUUGCGAUCCACUGGUGUUGCUUUAUCCAUUGCUGUUGGCUUAUUGGAGGGUACUUUCCCGAACACUGGAGCCAGGAUUAUGCUGUUUACUGGGGGUCCUCCCACUCAAGGACCUGGCAUGGUAGUUGGAGAUGAAUUAAAGGUUCCUAUUCGUUCCUGGCAUGAUAUUGAGAAAGACAACGCACGUUUUAUGAAAAAAGCAACCAAGCACUAUGAGAUGCUGGCUAACCGCACUGCUGCCAAUGGUCACUGCAUUGAUAUUUAUGCUUGUGCUCUUGAUCAGACUGGACUUUUGGAGAUGAAGUGUUGUGCAAAUCUCACUGGGGGCCACAUGGUGAUGGGAGAUUCUUUUAAUACUUCUCUCUUCAAGCAAACAUUCCAAAGGAUUUUCAGUAAAGAUUUUAAUGGACACUUCCGAAUGGCAUUUGGGGCUACUUUGGAUGUAAAGACCUCUCGAGAACUGAAGGUUGCAGGAGCUAUUGGACCGUGUGUAUCUCUGAAUGCGAAAGGCCCCUGUGUGUCAGAAAAUGAGCUUGGUAUUGGUGGCACGAGUCAGUGGAAAAUCUGUGGUUUGGAUCCCACAACUACGCUUGGCAUCUAUUUUGAAGUGGUCAACCAGCACAAUGCUCCAGUCCCCCAGGGAGGCAGAGGUGCCGUCCAGUUUGUCACACAGUAUCAACACUCCAGCACCCAAAGGCGCAUUCGUGUGACCACUAUUGCCCGGAAUUGGGCAGAUGCACAGAGUCAGCUCAGACACAUUGAAGCAGCAUUUGACCAGGAGGCCUCUGCGGUAUUGAUGGCACGGCUGGGAGUAUUCCGAGCUGAGUCCGAGGAAGGGCCUGAUGUGCUUAGGUGGCUGGACCGACAGCUUAUUCGACUGUGUCAGAAGUUCGGGCAGUAUAACAAAGAAGACCCAACUUCAUUCCGAUUAUCAGAUUCUUUUUCUCUGUAUCCUCAGUUCAUGUUCCAUCUCAGAAGAUCUCCAUUUCUUCAAGUGUUUAACAACAGUCCUGAUGAGUCGUCAUAUUACAGACACCAUUUUGCCCGACAGGACCUAACCCAGUCCCUCAUAAUGAUCCAGCCCAUUCUCUAUUCCUAUUCAUUCCAUGGACCUCCAGAGCCAGUUCUCCUAGACAGCAGCAGUAUCUUAGCUGACAGGAUUUUGCUGAUGGACACUUUCUUUCAAAUUGUCAUUUAUCUUGGUGAGACCAUAGCCCAGUGGCGCAAAGCUGGUUACCAGGAUAUGCCUGAGUAUGAAAACUUCAAGCAUCUUCUGCAGGCACCCCUGGAUGAUGCCCAGGAAAUUCUGCAAGCACGCUUCCCGAUGCCCCGGUACAUUAACACAGAGCAUGGGGGCAGUCAGGCUCGAUUUCUAUUAUCCAAGGUGAACCCUUCUCAGACACAUAAUAACCUGUAUGCUUGGGGACAGGAAACGGGAGCUCCCAUCUUAACUGAUGAUGUCAGCCUGCAGGUCUUUAUGGACCAUUUGAAGAAGUUGGCAGUCUCCAGUGCCAGUUAAGCAGGGGACAAGGAACAGGAACUUGAAGCCAAAACUGUCAGCUCACAUUCAUGACUGUUGAUCAAGGCUUACUAACAUUCCUUUCACUUCUUUGGUGGGUUUUGAUAAAUAAUAAAAGGAAGUGUUGGGUGUAGCUGUUAAGAUAAGUUA